AUGUACGACUGCACCGACGCGCUGCCCGGCACAGCAGCCGCCGAGGCCGCGGCUCGAGCCCGUGCCAGAAGAGCAGGCAACGACCCGCAUGCCACGCCGCGCGCGUCGCGCCUCAACCUGCCGUCGCAGGCCAGCCAGGCGCCCACGGCCCGCGAGCUCGGCUCUCCCGGCCGUCCGGCCUUUGCCGCGCUGCCCGCCGCGGGCCAGGCGAGCCAGCAGGGCGCCGCGACCGCGGGUGCUCGUCAGGGCGGAUGGGGCGGGGAGGAGGCUCGGGGCCAGGAUCAGCAGCAUCAGGCCGGCGGCGCAGGAGGCCAGGGCCCGGUGCCGGCCGGUGACGGGCCCGCUCACGGCACCCCGGAGCACGCGUCCGUCUUCACCAACACCCCGCUCGCCGGGGGCGGCGCCUCGGCAGCCACGGCCUACGCCCCCUCGGCCACGGGGGCGGGCGCCGUCGGGGAGGAAGAUGCCGAGGGCGACCUGGUCAUGCAGGACGCGCCCGACAACGACCGACAGUGA